CUCAGGCCGCGCGCGCCUCCGCAGCUCGCCAGAGAGCCUUCAGACUGGCUGGAGCUCCGCGUAGUCGCCCGCGCCCGCUGAGGGCUCGCGGCUCGGGCGCGCCCGGCGCGUGUGGCGAGCUCCGGCCGUGCGCUGCGACGAGGCCGGGCGGCGGGCGGUUAGCGCUCCGCUCGGCGGGCGGGGAGGACGGGCACGCCGGGCGCUGCACGCCUCGGCGGGCGGGUUCCGCGUCCCAGGACCGAAGCGGGUCGGUGCCCCCGUGUGGAGAGAGGGGCGGCCGGGCUCCCUGGACCCGGGCGGUCCCCGGCUGGGCAGGAGGCUGGGGCCAGGGGCCGGCCAUGUCCGCUCGCGCCCCGGUGCCCGCCGCUGCCCCCCGGGAGGACCCGCCCGCCGUGGCCGGAGACCGGGACGCGCUGUUGGCAGCGGCGAGCCGGCGGGCGGAGCAGCCGGCGCCCGGCGAGCGGGAGGGCAAGGAGGCGAGGGAGGAGCGGGCCGCGGCCGCCACCAGCGCGGGGGCGCGGGGAGAGCCGUCGCCGGCGCUCGUGCUGGGACACAGCGUGCCGCAAGCGGCCGUGCCCGUGAGGCCGCUGGCGCUGCACCUGGCGCACAAGGCGCGUGCGUCCGGGGGUCCCUUCGGCGGGGAGGCCCCGCCGCCGCCGCCGCCUCCACCACCACCGCUGCCGCCGCCGCCGCCAGCUCCGCGGGACCCACCGGAGGACGCCCGCGAGGACCCAGCGGCAGCCGGCCCCGAGGACAAGCCGCCGCCGCCGCCAAAGGGGAACCCGUGGACCAAGAAGCUGCCGCAGCACCUGUCCCCCGCGGGCACCGGGGUGCCGCCGCCCGCUCAGGACUCCCCGGAGGCCGAGCUCAGUUCCCCCAAAAUUAUAAAAGCGGGAAAACUCAAGACAAAGAAAUCCAACAAGGCUAGUGACUUCAGUGAUAUGGCAAACUGGCCAACACCAGGUGAAUUGGUUAACACGGGGUCUCAGAGUGUUAUCAACCAAGGAAAUAAAAAGCCACAAAUUAGAAAAGAAAAAGAAGAGAAGAUUGAAAAAAGAAGCAACAGUGAGAGCAAAGAGAACCGGGAAGCAAAACUAGAUGGUCCUAUUGAGAACAUCAGCGAGGAUGAGGCUCAGUCAAGCAGCCAGCGGAAGAGAGCUAAUAAGCACAAAUGGGUACCACUCCACUUAGAUGAUGUGAGACCAGACAGCCAGGAGAGACCUGGGUCCCGGAACAGCUCUAGAUGUCAACCUGAAGCAAACAAACCAGCGCACAGUAAUAGGAAGAGUGAUGCACGAAGUUGGAGACGGGAUAGAGAAAAGAGAGAUGAUCAAGAUGAAGUAUCCAGUGUGAGAAGUGAGGGUGGUACCAUCCGAGGUUCCACUAGAGGCCGGGGAAGAGGCCGGGGCCGAGGAAGAGGCCGAGGCCGAGGAAACCCAAGAUUGAACUUUGAUUAUUCAUAUGGUUAUCGAGAGCCAGGGGAAAGGACUGAGCAGCCAUUUCCUACAGAGCUUAACACCAGCAUGAUGUAUUAUUACGAUGAUGGCACAGGUGUGCAGGUGUAUCCUGUGGAAGAAACACUGCUUAAAGAGUACAUUAAGCGCCAAAUUGAGUAUUACUUCAGCAUAGAGAACUUGGAACGGGACUUCUUUCUCCGAAGAAAGAUGGAUGAGCAGGGAUUCCUGCCUAUUUCCCUGAUUGCUGGUUUUCACCGUGUGCAGGCUCUCACCACAAACCUUAAUCUCAUCUUGGAGGCACUUAAGGAUAGCACAGAAGUAGAAAUUGUGGAUGAGAAAAUGAGGAAAAAGAUAGAACCAGAAAAAUGGCCAAUUCCAGGCCCUCCUCCACGAAAUGUGCCACAAACAGACUUCUCUCAGUUGAUUGAUUGUCCAGAGUUCAUACCUGGCCAGGCCUUUGGCUCCCAUACAGUCAGGGUGAUGAUCUACUGAUGCUCUUGGAUGUCAUAUGACCGGAAUAUACAGUGGAGUAGGUGACUCCAUGAAAUACCAUGUAAAUAUGAGAGCAAAUCGUGCUGCAGAAGUGAGAGUGACCAUACUGUCUUCUGUGCAAGAAUGUCUACGCCCACCCCCUUGUGGAGAAGGUUGGGCCAGCCUGCAGUGAGAAAACCAGCUUUACGAUAAUGAUGUGAGACAGACCAGAGGACUGCUGUUACUGUAGGAGCUUCUCCUUUCUAUGUCAUUAGCUUAGGCUGCACGGGCUACUUCAUUCAUGGUGGGAAAGUUAAUUGUUAUCAUUGGGGAAAUACUGCAAAUUCUAUCUUUUGUUUCCAGGCAUUUAUACUUUGCCCAGAUCAAUAAAGCAGAAAAAGAGAGGAUUGAGUAGCAUUUCCAAAAUUGUUAGGUCCUUUGCUAUUUGACUUGCUCUUUAAUAUAGUAUACUUUGCAUAACUCACAUGUUGUCAUAUUUCACAUGUACUAUAAGAUGUAUUAAUGUGAAUACUUAAGGGGUAAGAAAUUUAAGUUAAAUAAAUAAGGGCAUUUUUCCUUUAUGCUUCAAAAUUGUUUUUAAGGGCUUUUCUUUUUUAUUGUUUAUUUAUUAUUGUGUACAUAUGAUAUGUAUGUUUUCUGAGUGCGGGCAUAUGUGUGCCAUGGUGUGUAUGUGUGGAGGUAAGAGGACAACUUUACAGAGUUGGUUCUUUAUUUCCACUAUGGGACUCAGGUAUUAAACUCAGGUGGUUAGAUUUGCCCAGCAAGUGCCCUUACCUUCUGAGCCAUUUUGCUGGCUUCAAAAUUGUAUUUCAUACAUUGGCAUAAAAACACUGCCUGCCUAUCUAUGUUCCUCAAACUGUAAACCAGAAUAAAUCUCUCUUGUUAAGAAUUUGGGGACAUUAAUAAAAAAUAACUAAUAAAGAAAGUUAGUACCAAGAAUAACCUGCUGUGAUAACCUGACCAUAUGAUAUGUAAGCUUUUGGAACUGGUCUUCAGAAGGAAUGUGAAAGACUUAGAUGCAGAGCCCAGUGGGUCAUUCUGAGAGGCUUAUGGGAGACCAGCAUGCCAAUGAAGAGCUAGAAAGUGAACAAUGUGCUCAGGAAAUUUCAGAGAGGGGCUAGUACUUUGUGGAGAGUUGAGCUAAAGACUGUUUGCACUUUCUUCUGAUGGAGAAUAUGGGCAUAUUCUGCCCAUUCCUGAAAAUGUAAGUCAUGAGUGAUUUGCAGUUUGUUUGGCAGUGGUAGUUUCAAGACAGAAUUAUGUUUCAGCUGAGGCAUGUUUACUACUCACUGUGCUUAUUCAGAUCUAUAGCAAGAGAAAGCAGAAAGACUGGAAAAUGUUUGGGGAAUAAAGGAGUGCACCAAGCAGAGUGCACACAGAGCUUUUUAUAAUUAAGGAAAUUAGUACUAUUGUUUAAUAGGAAGGACAGGUGCCCUGAGAGUAAAAUCUAUGCAAGUCUCCAACUUGUGAAAAUAGAAAUUGAUUUGAAAGAAGAGAAACUAAACUGAGACUGCCUGAUGGGGUUUCUGCUAUGUAAACAGACUAAUAUAAGAAAUGUUUCCCAGCUUUGGAAGCCCAAGAGUGUUGAAAGACUAGUUACAACUUUGUUAAGCUACUUACAGGUAAUAGGAGUCAGGCAGCAUCUCCGUCGGGCAGUAGAACUUGGAUGCUUCAUCAGCAUGUAAAUGCAAGUUACAGGGUCAUGGAGGCUUACUACAUGAGAAGCCACUGACACUUAGUAAUGGGGUCUGAAACCCCAUUGUUGAAGCUCUGUAAGGCCAAGUUGCAAAGUAGACUUCCAGGCUGUUGGGAGUUCCAGAAUUGUGGAACAGCUGCUAAGGAAAACUGGAGUAGAAUCAUCCCAUGAGAGAGGCUAUAUAUACUACAGGUGACAAAAUUGAAGGGGUGGAGUUGUCCAUGGUUAUUGGAUCCCAGAUGAUAGUACAACAAGCCCCAGAUGCUGAUCAUGGUAUAGUGUUUUCCCCGCUAGGUUUAGGUGUUGCGUUGAUCCAGCCUUCCUUUGCUAUACCCCAUUCCUCUCUGUUGGAAUGGAAAUGUUUACUCUAUGCCUUUGUACAUUGGAAGUAUGUAACUUGUUUUCUGAAAUUAUAGAAACUCAAGACCUUGCCUUGCAUCUCAGAGCCUUUGGGCCUUUGAACAAUGUUAAAUUAAAGACUAUGGUGACUUUUGAAGUCAGACUGAGUUUAUUUUGCUUUAUGAGCCUAUGGGAGUCAGAGAUGAAAUGUAAUGGUUUAAAAGUAAUUUGUUUGUCAAGUUGACAAGGAAUGUACUUGUGAUAUUAAUCUUCAUUGUCAACUUGACUGGUUAUGUCUGUGGGGACACUACCAGAAAGAUUUAACUAAAGAGGGAAGACCCAUCCUAAGCAUGGGCUGGGUGCUUGGCCUGAGUCCCAGCAUUCAUCUCUCUGUGCUUCCUGACUGCAGAUGCAGUGUGACCAGCCACCCCAUGUUCCUAUCACCAUGCCUUCCCUGCCGUCAUGGACUCUGCCUCUCAAACUGUGAGCCAAAAUAAAUCCUUCUUCCCUUAA